AUCCGCUCCCCUCCGCUCCCUCCCUUCUCCCUCCUGCCCUCCUCUCGUGCCUUCCUGCCAACCUGCGUCUCCCCUCCCUCUGCUGUAAGACCAGACCUCUUCUGAUCUCUAUCUCUUCUAUUCCUGACUCAACUUGCACCCUCCCCCCGCCCACUCCCUCUCUGCUCUGCGCGUCCAGUCUGUCGCUCAAACCGCGUCAGGGCCUAUCACUCGAUCUUUGCCAACGCCGCCGAUACACAGCUAGAGUAGGAUGGAGAAGAGUGCCACAGGUCAGGACACGGCUCCUCCUUGCCGUUUCUUCAUCCAAGGACGAUGCAACGCCGGUAGAGCAUGCCGGUUCUCGCAUGACCCCAGGUACCUGCAGCAGAAGGACGUGCUGGGCAAGGCACCAUGCAAGUUCUUUCAGACCGGGGGAUGUGUGGCAGGAGACGCGUGCCCUUAUGCUCACUUCAUCGUCAAGAAGAAGAAGCCGGCCGCCUCCAAACCAGCUCCUGUUGCCUUCAUUCCGAAGCCCACGGAGGGGUAUGCGGUGCAUGCUAAGGCCUCCCUGAGAUCGGACGAGCUGGAAGGAUGUUCAGCAUAUAAAAACACAUUGGGAGAUGCAGAAGACGAUCUGACUUAUGAAACUGAAAGCUUUCUGAUAGGAAUAACAGACGACGAUGAAACAAACACGCUGGAGGCUGGAUCUUCUUUACCAGAUGGUUUCAGCUAUGCAGCGUUUGCACGACGAGGCCUAAACGAUGCCGAGAUCGAUGCUUCUUCGAUCGUUGCGGGCAGCCAGGACUUGCUGACCGAUGAAGAUCUUGCAAAGAGGAGGUUGCUACGAGAACAAAUCAUGGCCUCUACCAGCAAGGAGUGCGGGAUCUGCAUGGAGACGGUUGUGGGCAAGCAGAGCCAGUUUGGACUGCUUGAGGGGUGUGAUCAUAUCUUUUGUCUCAGCUGCAUCAGAGAAUGGAGGUCGGUCAACAUUCUGGAGAAGAACGUGAAGCGAUCUUGUCCCCUCUGUCGUUGCGUUUCCUUCUAUGUGAUUCCGAGCAGCUUUUUCCCUCGCAACCAGGAAGAGAAGGACUCGGUGGUAGCGAGCUACAGGGAGCGCCUCCAGAAGAUUCCUUGCAAGCACUUCAACUUCGGAGCCGGUGAAUGUCCGUUCGGAACCAGUUGCUUCUACGAGCACAGAUACCGAGACGGGACGCUGCAGCAGGCUGGAAUGCCGAGACUCCGAGUUACAGAAGACGGAGAGCUUGCUGCCAUCGGGAAGCUAAAGCUCAGCGACGUUCUUGGAUUAUAA